AUGGAAACAGAGACUGGGUCUACUCCAUCACAUGAAGUUGAUUCCAAUGUAAUGGAGUCUAGCUCAAGAGUAAGGGAAAAUGUUGAUCCGGAUUGGAAACAUUUUAGCCUUGGGGUGGAUCAGAAGGGACGUAAUACUUUUACAUGUGUGUAUUGUAGGCAAACAUAUAAAGGUGGGGGUAUUAAUAGGAUGAAAAAACACCUUGCGGGGAUAAAAGGUGAUAUUGGAUCGUGUAAAAAGGUUUCUCAUGAUGUGAGAUACCAAAUGUUGGAAUAUGUGAAGGAGUUUGAGUUGAAGAAAAAAGCUGAGAAACAACGUCAAGAAGAAAUGUUUAGUGUGCCUUCCACAAAUAAUGAUAUGCAAGAAGAUGAAGAUAUUCAAGAAAUAUUUAGUAGUGGGUUUCCUAAAAAACCUGUUUUAGGUAAAAGAAAGGAUACAAAUCCAGUGGAUAAUUACUUUGCUCCAAGAAUUACUCCAGGAGCUCAACCUGGUCUUAAAAGUGUGUUCCAAAGUAAAGAAAGGGUGAGGCAAGCUGAUAUGGCUAUUGCAAGGUUUCUGUAUGACAAUUGCCUUCCUUUUAAUGUAGUCAAUUUAGUGUACUACCAAAAGAUGAUUGAUGCCAUAGCUGCUGCUAGUCUUGGUUACAAAGGUCCAUCUUAUCAUGCUGUACGGGUCCCUUUGUUGAGGGAUCAAAAGAAAAAGGUUCAGUUGUUGGUUGAGUCACAAUCUUUGAUUGCUUGGUUGAGGAAGAGACCUGGUUGGACAUAUAUUGUACGUGUAGGAGUAACAAGAUUUGCUACUACUUUCCUUUCAUUUGGAAGCCUUCAUGUGCAUAAGCAUGACUUGCAAGCCUUAGUGACUAGCAAGUUCUUUGUGGACAAUAGAUUGGCAAGAGAGUCAAAGGCAAAAGAAGUAGUUUCUAUCAUUUUAGAUAAUUCUUUUUGGGAUGAUAUUAAUGUUCUUGUCAAGAUUUCAUCGCCACUCAUUCGUUUGUUACAGAUUGUUGAUUCUGAUCAAAGGCCUGCAAUAGGAUAUGUGUAUGAGGGCAUGCAUAGAGCACGAUUGAGAAUCAAGAAGAUCUUCCGAAUGAAGAAGCACUUGUACAAGCCAUACACCUCAAUUAUAAAAAACCGUUGGGACAAACAUUUGCGUAAAGAUUUUCAUGCUGUUGCAUAUUGGUUAAAUCCCACUUUUCAAUAUGAUGAGGAGAAUUUUUGUCGGAAACCAGCAGUACAUAUGGUUGUUUUGGACUACAUUGGGACAAAAUAUGAUGGUGACAAAGAAAAGGUAAUUAAGGAAACCCAAUAUUUUCGAGACCGUAUUGGGAGCUUUGAUAGAGAUCUUGCAUUGUCAACAAGCACAACCACUCAUCCAAGUGAGAAGUAA